CGAAGUCUGUAUGGAAUUACCUGCGCCCGCGGCGGAGCUGGCAGCGGUGGAUGGAUGGGCGACGCGUCCGCGGCACUCGCGGCCAGCUCAGCCCCAGGAGUAAACACGGGGCUUCUCCGGCCGAGUGCGCAGUGUGGUGACCGGCGCUCUCCUCGCUGACUGAUCGCACCGGAGGGAUAUUUCGGGAGACUCCUGUGGGAAGCAGCCACAGACAGACAGAAGAUGAAAGCUCCUAUUCCCAACUUGAUUCUCUUGUAUGCUACUCUAACUCAAAGCCUGAAGGUUGUGACCAAAAGGGGAUCAGCUGAUGGAUGCACUGACUGGUCUGUGGAUUACAAGAAAUAUCAAGUUCUAGUGGGAGAACCUGUUCGUAUAAAAUGUGCACUCUUUUAUGGAUACAUUAGAGCUAAUUACUCACUAGCCCAAAGUGCUGGACUUAGUUUGAUGUGGUACAAAAGCUCUGGACCCGGAGAUUUUGAGGAGCCUAUUGCUUUUGACGGGACUAGAAUGAGCAAAGAAGAAGACUCCAUUUGGUUCCGACCAACAGUAGUACAAGACAGCGGGCUCUAUGCAUGUGUUAUAAGAAACUCAACUUACUGUAUGAAAGUGUCCAUUUCGCUGACGGUGGGUGAAAAUGACACUGGACUCUGCUACAAUUCAAAGAUGAAAUAUUUUGAAAAAGCUGAACUUAGCAAAAGCAAGGAAAUCUCAUGUCCUGAAAUUGAGGAUUUUUUAUUUCCAUUUAGGGAGCCUGAAAUUCUGUGGUAUAAGGAAUGCAAGUCAAGGACGUGGAGAUCAAGUAUUGUGUUUAAAAAGGACACUCUUGUCAUUCGGGAAGUUAGAGAGGAUGACAUUGGAAAUUACACUUGUGAGUUAAAAUAUGGAUUCUUUGUUGUCAGAAGAACUACGGAAUUAACAGUUACAGCACCACUAACAGAUAAACCACCAAAGCUUUUACACCCCUUGGAGAGUAAGCUAACAGUUCAGGAGACCCAGUUAGGUGGUUCUGCUAAUCUAACCUGCCGAGCUUUCUUUGGAUAUAGUGGAGAUGUCAGCCCUUUAAUCUACUGGAUGAAAGGGGAGAAGUUUAUUGAAGAUCUGGAUGAUAAUCGAGUUUGGGAAAGUGACAUCAGGGUUCUCAAGGAACAUCUUGGGGAACAAGAGGUGUCCAUCUCAUUGAUUCUUGACUCUGUGGAGGAGGCAGACCUUGGGAAUUACUCCUGCUAUGUUGAGAAUGGAAAUGGACGCCGACAUGCCAGUAUUCUCCUACACAAAAGGGAGCUGAUGUACACAGUUGAGCUUGCUGGUGGGCUUGGUGCUAUUCUGCUGCUGCUUGUUUGUUUAGUGACUAUCUACAAGUGUUACAAGAUAGAGAUCAUGCUCUUCUACAGGAAUCAUUUUGGAGCUGAAGAACUAGAUGGAGACAACAAAGACUAUGAUGCAUAUCUAUCUUAUACCAAAGUGGAUCCUGACCAGUGGAAUCAAGAAACUGGAGAAGAGGAGAGAUUUGCUCUUGAGAUCCUACCAGAUAUGCUUGAAAAGCAUUAUGGAUACAAGUUGUUCAUACCAGACAGAGAUUUGAUUCCUACAGGAACCUACAUUGAAGAUGUGGCAAGAUGUGUAGACCAAAGCAAGCGACUCAUCAUCGUCAUGACUCCAAAUUAUGUGGUAAGAAGAGGCUGGAGCAUCUUUGAACUGGAAACGAGGCUUCGGAACAUGUUAGUCACGGGAGAAAUUAAAGUGAUACUGAUUGAAUGCAGUGAACUACGAGGAGUUAUGAACUACCAGGAGGUUGAGGCCUUGAAACAUACCAUCAAGCUCCUCACUGUCAUUAAAUGGCAUGGACCAAAAUGCAACAAGUUGAAUUCCAAGUUCUGGAAACGUUUACAGUAUGAAAUGCCUUUUAAGAGGAUUGAACCUAUCACACAUGAGCAGGUUUUAGAUGUCAGUGAGCAGGGGCCCUUUGGGGAACUGCAGACAGUCUCCGCAAUUUCCAUGGCUGCUGCCACCUCCACUGCUCUUGCCACUGCCCAUCCAGACCUGCGCUCCACCUUUCAUAACACUUAUCAUUCACAGAUGCGCCAGAAACACUAUUAUAGAAGCUAUGAAUACGAUGUACCUCCUACCGGCACCCUGCCGCUUACCUCAAUAGGUAACCAGCAUACCUACUGCAACAUCCCUAUGACACUUAUAAAUGGGCAGCGGCCACAGACAAAAACUAACAGGGAGCAGAAUCCAGAAGAGGCUCACACAAACAGUGCCAUACUGCCCCUCUUGCCACGGGAGACCAGCAUAUCGAGCGUCAUUUGGUGACCGAAAGGCAAGGGGCCGUCCACUCCCUCGAAUAGGAGCUGAGUCUGCAGUCCGGUGCCUGGAACUACAUCCUCGACUGCUGCUGUUAAACAUGCAUUACAAUCGAUAACAUACGAGGAAAAAACAGGGUCUUGUACAUAUGUUUUUUGCAAUUUCUUUGUAGCAUCAGUCUUCCUGUUUUACUCAUGUCUCUUCCCAUUCACAUUUCCCGACUUUGUUUUAUAUGUCAUUGGAAUUUGUAUAUUUACAUUUUUUUAAAGCGAAGAGACUGCUGUAUAGAUAGGAAACUUUUUGGCUUCAUUAGUAUAGUUUUAGACUUUUUUCCAUUUGUUUCAUUUUUAACCUCUCUUGGGAAUGCUUGGACAAAGCUAUGUUGAUAUCAGAAGCACUAUCCAUUUUGUUGGCCUGCCUAGCCUGAUUCCUGAAGGCCAUGCCUGCUGCAGUUCACCUCUUUUUGGAGAAUAUUUGUUCUUAGAAGGACCCCCCAUCCCUCACUGAAAGCUCCGGUUUCAUUUCUAUUCCCAUAAUGUGCACUGCUCCUUCCCUGCCUUUCCAAGUGACCCCCAUUGCGGGGUGACACUCCAGUCUGACCAUCUAACAUGUAACUUGGUAGAUUACCUGUCAAAACAACAGAAUAUACUCGAUCUGUAUCGGUUGCUUCACAGUAGUCACUACAGAGUGUAUAGAAACUAGAGAUGCUUUGAUUUUUUUGCUUUCUUGGGUUUGGUUUGGUUUGGUUGGUGGUUUGUUUUGGGGUUUGUUUUUUCUUUGGU